CAGGCAGGGCCUGUGUUCCGUGCGCAAGGGUGGAGUUCGUCCGGGAGACCCUGGCGGCGCAGGAGGUUUUCGGAAGCGGCGUGGGCUGUGGUCCUGUUUGUGUUUUGUCGGGGGAAUAGGAGUUGGACCGGAGGGCUCAGGGUUGCGGGGAAGACCGGCGAGAAGCUGUUGUGAUAAUCCAGGCCGGAGGAGGUGACGCUCUGUAGGAACAAAAAGGAGAACUGGAGGGAGGGAGAGGAUCUUCACUGGUCUACGAAGACCCCGCUUACCGGCUCCCGGCUUGGGCGCCUGAGCCCCUGGUGACAUUAUUGGCCAGAAUAGGAAGUCUAGAAGGAAGAGCAGGCUUAUGUGGAAGAUAAUACGGUCAUGCCGAGGGGGAGACAUAGAGGGACCGCUCAGAAGAGGGGCUUCUGGAAAUAAACACCUGUUUGAGAUGUAGUGCAAACUGUGGUCGUGGGGGGGGUCACCAUUUGUUCAAUAAAUUUAAAGGUUUCUCUGUGCAAGGAAGGUAGGGGACUGGGUGCGGGGGUUGGACCCUGAGCAAGACAGAUGUGGGUCAGGCGUUCAUGGAGCCUCUUCCCUGGCAGACGAGACAGGCACUAAGGCGCACCUAUUUUAUUAUGGUUGGGGUAAGGGCUCGGGAGAGGCACAGGUUCUAGGAAUCUGUGGGAUGGGCUGGGUGAUUGUGCCCCGGGCUGAGGCAACAGAGCCUUCACCAGAGGAAUACAGAGUGUAAUGCAGUGUGGGCUGUAUUCUGCAGAAUGAGAGAUGUGGGAGGGGCGGCCAGUUGGUUGCAGCACUCCAGGCAGAAGCAACAAAAUAGGUGGUUGGAGACGACAGUUUCCAGGACCCGGAAGAUCCACCGAGCUGGAGUGCAGAGAGCCAGAGAAAGGAGAAGCUUCAAGAGGUGAUUAUCAGGAAAAGUACCUCAAGACCAGACAUCAGAUCUUCCAGUUUUCAGAAGACCGUGCAGUCUUCUCGAGUAAUGAAGAACGAGGCAUGUUGUCCCGGGGUUCUGCAGUGAAGCUGACCCAGUGAGAAACAGCGAAGUCCAGUUAGAAUAGCAGCAGUAGUCAUGGGACGCUGAAACAAAGCUCUGGACCAGUGGUGUUGGCUUUCCUGCUGCUUCUGUGCCCCACACGUACGCGUAGGUCACCUCGGAAGAACACGGCGUCCAGUUUAUGGCAUUUCCUCACUGUGGCCAAAGGAGUGCCGUGUGCUGCGUGACGCAGGAUGAGUGGAAACUAGACGUGGCUGCAGACAGCUUCUUACCAAACCCAGACUCUUUCCUCAAGGAGCCCAUGAGGAGCGCAGUGGACAGAAAGAAGCUGGAGCAGCUGUACGACAGGUACAGAGACCCACAAGAUGAAAAUAAAAUUGGAAUUGACGGGAUUCAACAGUUUUGUGAUGACUUAAACCUAGAUCCUGCCAGUGUCAGCGUUUUGGUUAUAGCGUGGAAGUUCAGGGCAGCGACGCAAUGUGAAUUUAGCAAAAAGGAAUUUGUAGAUGGCAUGACAGAGCUUGGGUGUGACAGCACGGAGAAGCUGAGAGCCCUUCUGCCGAGACUAGAGCAGGAGCUGAAGGACACGGUGAAGUUUAAGGAUUUUUAUCAGUUUACCUUUACCUUCGCUAAGAACCCCGGGCAGAAGGGUUUAGAUUUAGAAAUGGCUGUUGCAUACUGGAAUUUAGUAUUAUCUGGAAGGUUUAAAUUUUUAGAUCUUUGGAACACCUUCUUACUGGAGCAUCACAAAAGAUCAAUCCCAAGGGACACUUGGAACCUUCUGCUAGAUUUUGGAAAUAUGAUUGCAGAUGAUAUGUCUAACUAUGACGAAGAAGGAGCAUGGCCUGUUCUCAUAGAUGAUUUCGUGGAGUACGCGCGGCCAGUCGUUACGGGCGCUAAGCGCAGCCCUUUCUAGGCAGGAAAUUAAGAUGCUGAGAGGAAGGGCCUCCUGCAAGGGGACGCUUGGUCGGUCGCUGUGCCCGUGUCGCUGGCCCUGGCAGUCACCCUCGGCCAGCCGGGCACUGGAAUGACCUCCCCCUGCUACAGAAAGGGCUGAGUUGGACACUGGAAGGAGCUCCUCAGAAGACACUGCUUUGGGAUAUGCCUGGGCGUGACUAUUACUUUAGGAGAUUUCUGCUUGAUUAUUAUUAUACUUGCGACAAAGUGACUCAGAGCCUGUUUGCAGGGCGGCAGAGCGUGCCAUUUAAUUCAUGAUGUACGGUGAUCACCACCAGUGACCACAGCUCCUGCUGGGGCGCCUUGUAAUUCCGCUUAAAAAACAGUAUUUGUGUCCUCGGCAGGAUGCUGUGUUUUUCUGCAAGUCAAAGCUGGUAUCCGUGUGCCCUACAGAACAUCUGACACGGAUUCAAACAUUUAAUAAACUGGUGCCAGGAAUUCGAGAUUUCUAUUUUCUGAUUUAUCAAAUAUCUAGAUUUAUUAGCUCUAUUUUUAUUUUAAUUCCCUGUCGAUGUUCACGUGAAAGUCAUUCCGUGGUCCUCGGUGUGUGGCAGUUUGCGAGGUGAUGACACAUGUGGGCUGUGACCCCGGGGGCGUUAUUGUAAACAGUGACAAGUUGCGGAUCUUUUCUUUCCAAUGUCAUUUGAAUAAGCUCCCUAAAAAAUUUUGUAAAGUAUGUUUUUUUAAAAAAUGUAUUUUAUUACAUUUAAAAAGACAUUUUUCCAUGAAAAGUAUUUCUUUUACAAGCAAAGGAGUCCAGAUUUAAAAGUCAUGUGAGUUGGUUCCUUCCAGCGUCUGAGAGGCCUGUCGCCCGCCCUCUGGCUGUGUGUGUGGUUGCACACGUCUCGUUGCCCGCAACACCCACGGGGAAACCUCCACCUCAUUUCCACCUGAAGCCCGUGCUCGUCAUGUUGCCGUCUGAGUCUUCCAGUGUUUGCUGGCCAGAGAAGACCGUCCAGCGAGGCCCAGAACCUGCCCUCCGAGCAUGGGAGGCCCGUGAUGCCACCUGCUUUCCGUUUGGAAAAAGCUGCGUGUUCUAAAAAUCACUGUGUGGACCCUACCUCAUGCGUGAAAAGAUCUUCAUGUCACAAGUGUUUCUGCUGCCGGCCCGCAACCCUGUGUACGAGACAGAUGAGUUGGGGUCACUUCACGGGAGAGAGGAAGCUCACUUUGGAUUUUCUGUACAUGGACAGUGUGCCUGAAAUGUGUGCUUGAGUUGACUUUCACAAACAUGGUUCUGAGUUUCUGGAAGCCCCGUGCCCAGUGGGGGGUUUUUGCCUACUUGCUGUGUGUGAACUAUGUAUGCUUUUGGAAAGGAGUCUUUCAAAGGGACAGCAGGCCGUGGAGGGCAGGAAAGGGGCCUGAGGCUGGGACACCACCGUCGGGGCUGGGGCGGCCCCAGCCCGCUCUCCCAGGCCUGUGCAUCCAUGGCAGCAAAGGGACAAACAAGGCUGUCUCCACCUGCGAGCCUGGGGUUCUAAGAGAGCACUUAUUUUGUAGAAUAAAAGCCUCUACAAUUUUAAUGCAUCCUUCGAGGCUUCGUGGCUUCCUGCCAUGGAAGUGUUCUGCUCAGACAAGGCUGUGGAGCUUGGGUAAUCUCCCACAAAUCCUGGAGGUCUGUAGCACCUGUUCAUUCUUAGGAUUCAGAGUUACGGCAGGGGAGGCUCUAUGCAGCUGUUUAUCAGUAGAUAACAGAACCUUAGUGGUUGGACAAAGGCUCUUCAAAAAACUGUAGGUUUCUUUUUCUUCUAUUCUAUAUAUUUAAGGCAUGCAUGCUAUGAGGGUGCCAAGAGCUUCGGAAACAUUAAAAUAAAUUUUUUUCUCUGG